AUGUCUCUACCUCACAAUGUAUGGGCAUUUGUGUUCGGAAUCUUUGGUAACAUUAUAUCAUUCGUCGUAUUCUUAGCCCCAGUACCAACCUUUGUAAGGAUAUGCAAGAAGAAAUCUACCGAAGGAUUUCAGUCUCUUCCCUAUCUUUCAGCGCUAUUUAGCGCAUUGCUUUGGAUUUACUAUGCUAUGCAAAAAGAUGGCUCAGGCUUCCUUCUCAUCACAAUAAACGCUGUUGGCUGCUUCAUCGAAACCAUCUACAUCAUCCUUUUCAUAACCUAUGCUAACAAGAAAACUAGAAUUUCCACUUUAAAGGUUCUUGGUCUCUUGAACCUUUUGGGUUUUGCCGCCAUUGUUCUUGUCUGCGAGCUCUUAACCAAAGGAUCGACACGUGAGAAAGUUCUCGGAGGGAUUUGCGUUGGAUUUUCCGUCAUUGUUUUCGCAGCUCCUUUAAGUAUUAUGAGAGUUGUUAUACGAACAAGAAGUGUGGAGUUUAUGCCAUUCUCGUUGUCGUUGUUUCUUACACUUAGCGCCGUCACAUGGCUCUUCUACGGUCUCGCUAUUAAAGACUUCUUUGUUGCGCUUCCAAAUGUGUUGGGCGCGUUCUUAGGAGCUGUUCAAAUGAUUCUCUACAUAAUCUUCAAGUACUACAAAACUCCGGUGGCUGAAGAGACAGAGGAAUCCAAAACGAUGUCUGACCAUACCAUUGACAUGACAAAGCUGACCACUGUUACGCCCAGUCCAGUUUCGUAUACAGCGGUUCUUCUACCGCCUACUAUUCCCGAUGUUCCCGAGAAUCAGAUUCAAGUGACCAAGGUCAAGAACCACAAUAUUAAUGGUUUGAAAGAUCAGAACAAGAAUGUCGAAAACCAAAACCAACUUUAAGUGGUGAUUCUUAUUUAGACAUUAAUAAUAGUGCAUUGUUUGAGUUGUGCACUAGCUAACUUUUUUUUCCUUUUCUAUUUUUGUAUUUUGUUGUUUGGCUUCUUUAUUUAAGUCUCUUGUACCUCUUUCAUUCCAUCAUUUUCUUUCCAGAUAUCUGGAAAUUGUGCUAUGAUCAAUAAAAAUC